GUAAAACCAGGUCCCAUCUUGUGCGCCGCACCCCUUCUUCCGCUAAUCAACCCGCGACUCAGCUUCAUCUCCUCGCGAAGCAACAAAUUUCAUCUCCGCGGCUACCAGGCGCCGUAUGGUGACCCGAACGUCUUGGACUUCAGCAUUAUCUCCUGUGUUCGGCGACCCGGCCAUCUUGGACUCCGGUGUCAUCUGCUGUGCUCGGCGAAUUCUUAUAUGAGGUCAGAUUUGUUUCAGGACUCUGCUUCGUUUCUACUUUUUUCACCCCUUUGGAGCUCAGCACUUCAGACAAUCUUCCCAAUUUGGGUGCGUCUUCAAGCCUAAUCCAUACCGAUAAAUCAGGAUAAAAAGGAAAGCGUUUACUCAGCUGUUGCGUACAAUGGGAAGUGAUUUGAAAAAGUGGGUAUCAGAUACUCUCAUAUCGGUUUUGGGUUAUUCCCAAAGCACACUUGUGAAUUAUGUAAUUGGAUAAGCUAAGAAAGCUUCCUCUCCUAACGAGCUUUCUAGCAUGCUCAGUGAUGUGGGAGUACCAUCAAUGAGUCAAAGGAAUUUGCACAAGAAAUUUUUUCUAGAGUUGAGCCACAAGGCAGCAGGACCAAAUCUAUAUCAACAUACAGAAAGGGAGGCCGCGAUGUUUGCAAGGAAGCAAAAGACCUACACAAUAAUAGAGGACGGUGAUGACGAUGUUGAUGUUCGUAGCAAUGCUCAUGUGUCUUCAGAAACUGGGAGGAAGGGCCAUGGAAAGAGAUUUAGAAGGAGGACAGUUUCUGAAGGUGAUGAAGAUGAAGAAGAAAUAAGAGAAGUAGAAGAGGAAAGACAAGUAAGGAGACGAACUUCCAAUGAUGAUGGUCAGGAUAAUGGUGGUGAUAGUGGUUCUGAGUCAGAGGAGGAAAGACUGCGUGAUAAAAAAGAGCGGGAAGAGUUGGAGAGACAUAUCAGAGAAAGAGAUGCUGCAUCAACAAGAAAGUUGACUGAUAAAAAGUUAUCCAGAAAGGAGGAAGAAGAGGCAAUCAGGAGGUCUAAUGCUUCGGAGCUAGAUGAGAUUGGAACUUUGAGGCAAAUCUCAAGGCAAGAGUAUCUUAAGAAAAGAGAGCAAAAGAAAUUAGAUGAACUCAGAGAUGAGAUAGAAGACGAGCAGUACUUAUUUGAUGGGAUGAAGCUAACUAAAGCAGAAUAUAAAGAGAUGAGGUGCAAGAGGGAGUUGUAUGAUCUAAUCAAGAAGCGGACCGAGGAGGAUGAUGGCAAAAAUGAGUAUAGGAUUCCCGAUGCAUAUGAUCUUGAAGGCGGUGUAAAUCAAGAGCAAAGGUUUGCUGUUGCACUGCAACGCUGCAGGGAUCCUGAUGCUAAUGAUAAGAUGAACCCUUUUGCUGAACAAGAAGCUUGGGAGGAUCACCAAAUAGGAAAAGCGACUCUCAAAUUUGGUUCUAAAGACCGCAAGGCAAAAUAUGAUGAUUACCAAUUUGUGUUUGAAGACCAGAUAGAGUUCAUAAAAGCAGCAGUUAUGGAUGGCAUUAAUGUUGAUCAUGAGUCCUCCAUUGAGGAACUAGAAGUUUCUGUUGCUAAAUCAGCAUUUGAGAAACUGCAAGCAGACAGGAAAACUUUGCCUAUCUAUCCUUAUCGUGAUGAGUUGCUGCAAGCUAUCGAUAAGCACCAGGUUCUAGUCAUUGUAGGAGAGACAGGUUCUGGCAAGACUACUCAGAUACCUCAGUACUUGCAUGAGGCAGGGUACACCAAAAGUGGCAAGGUGGGAUGUACGCAACCACGCCGAGUUGCUGUCAUGAGUGUUUCUGCCCGUGUUUCACAAGAAAUGGGAGUCAAACUUGGACAUGAGGUGGGCUACUCAAUCAGGUUUGAAGAUUGUACUUCAGAGGACCGUUCUAAAAUAUAUGACUGAUGGAUUGUUAUUGCGUGAGUUCCUUGGGGAACCUGAUUUGGCAAGUUACAGUGUAAUCAUGGUGGAUGAGGCACAUGAAAGAACAUUAUCAACUGAUAUCCUUUUUGGCUUGGUUAAGGAUAUUGCCUGUUCUCGUCGUGACCUCAAGUUGCUUAUAUCAAGUGCUACCCUUGAUGCCGAGAAGUUCAGUGACUUUUUUGAUUAAGCUCCCAUUUUUAAAAUACCUGGAAGGCGGUUUCCAGUGGGAUAUACAUUAUACUAUAGCACUCGAGGCAGAUUAUUUGGAUGCAGCAAUUGUUACUGCCCUUCAGAUACAUGCGACACAACCGCCUGGUGAUGGUGAUAUAUUAGUUUUUUUAACUGGGCAGGAGGAGAUCGAGACAGCUGAGGAGAUCAUUAAACAUAGGAUCAAGGGCCUGGGAACAAAAAUAGCCGAGCUAAUUAUAUGCCCAAUAUAUGCAAACCUUCCAACAGAACUACAAGCCAAAAUUUUUGAAGCUACUCCUGAAAGGGCACGCAAGGUUGUCCUUGCUACAAAUAUUGCCGAGACUUCACUGACUAUUGAUGGGAUAAAAUACUUGAUUGAUCCUGGAUUUUGUAAGGUGAAGACAUAUAACCCUCGUACCGGCAUGGAAUCAUUACAUAUCUCUCCUAUUUCAAAAGCAUCUGCUAACCAAUGGGCUGGCCGUUCUGGACGAACAGGUCAACAGGGCCUGGGAAGUGUUUCCGGCUGUACACUGCUUAUAACUUUUUAAAUGAUUUGGAGGAUAAUACUGUUCCAGAGAUUCAAAGGACCAACCUGGCUAAUGUUGUGCUUUCUCUUAAGAGUCUGGGCAUUCAUGACGUGCUGAACUUUAAUUUUAUGGAUCCACCACCUAUUGAAGCUCUACUAAAAGCACUGGAAGUGCUCUUUGCUCUAAGUGCUCUUAGUAAGCAUGGUGAACUGACUAAAGUUGGCAGAAGAAUGGCGGAGUUCCCUCUUGACCCCAUGCUCUCCAAGAUGAUUGUUGCUUCUGACAAGUAUAAAUGCUCUGAUGUGAUCAUAAGUAUUGCAGCAAUGCUGUCUAUUGGAAAUUCGAUCUUUUAUCGUCCAAAGGACAAACAAGUGCAUGCUGACAAUGCAAGGUUGAAUUUCCAAAUGGGCAAUGUUGGAGAUCAUGUUGCAUUACUGAAGGUCUACAACUCAUGGAAAGAAACUAACUUUUCAACCCAGUGGUGCUAUGAGAACUACAUUCAGGUCAGAAGCAUGAAAAGAGUUAGAGACAUCAGAGACCAAUUAGAGAGCCUUCUAGAAAGAGUUGAAAUUGAAUUGACUUCAAAUCUCAAUGAUCUAGAUGCUAUAAAGAAGUCCAUUACAUCUGGAUUUUUUCUCCACUCAGCAAGGCUGCAAAAGAAUGGAAGUUAUCACUGUUAAGCUUCCCUUGACUGUUUAUAUCCAUCCCAGUUCAGGUCUAGCACAGGUUCUUCCUAGAUGUGUUGUCUAUCAUGAGAUUGUUCAUACAACCAAAGAGUACAUGCGACAGGUUACUGAAGUAAAGCCUGAAUGGUUGUUAGAAAUAGCUCCUCACUACUAUCAGUUGAAGGACGUUGAAGACCAUGCAUCAAAGAAAAUGCCCAGAGGAGAGGGUCGAACAUCUUAGUCCUGAUUAUGGGUAACCUCUAAAAUACAUUCAUUCAAUGGCCAAUAUAUUCUCUUCUAUGCCAGAGGUGGUGGUAUAUCCAUGAAUGAAAUUGGCCCAGCCAUAUUCUUGAGGCUCCUCAAAAGUCAUGGUUCCGGCCAAAUAGCUGAUGCAGAAUAGGCUAUCUCUUCCUCCAAAUGACAUCACCCAAACACCAGAUUAAGUAGUAAUGUGCUUUAGUUAUGUAAUGCAUGAAUGUAAUUAUUCUAUCUAAAGAGCUCUCCCCAUAAUUUUGUACCUCUCUUUUUAUUCUGUACAUAUAGCUGCUAGUAGUUGAAAGUAAUAUAGGCUCAUCCCAUUCAGGUAUUUCAAAUUCUGAUAUUUAAAUAUUUUUGAACACCUUUUGUAUACUUAGUAUAUGAUCAGAUCGUGUGAAUCCAAAUUAUGUGUGUGUGUGUGUAUAUAGAGAGAGAGGAAUGAUUCUGUCCAGCCGGAGGGACAUAACCCUGUUCGGCCGCUGCCUUUUGGGUUGGUUCCCGGUAGAAUUUUUUGAUAAAAUUUUUUGAGCAUGUUUCUCAUCAAGUCUAGUUUAUCCACAAAACAAUUCAGCUAAAAAUUCGAUCAGAAAGGUAGUCAAAUAAAUUUUUGAAGUUAACUGUGCCAAAUUAUACAUGUAAAACACAAUUAUUUUCAAAAAUUGAUUUGACGGCCUACCCGAUCGAAUUUUUAGCUGAAAGUUUUGGGGAUAAACUAGACUUGAUGAGGAGCAUGCUCAAAAAAUUUCAUCAAAAAAAUUCCACCAGAAACUGCCCCAAACGGCGGCAGCCGGAUAGAGGAUCAUGUCCCUCCGGCUGGACAAGAUCUUUUCUGUACACACACACAUAUAUAAAAAAUUAGGUUUAAAUGAGAAAGUGACCUGAGGGGAGAAAUGAGAAUCAAUCUGGACCAUUAGAUUGUAUUUUGUGAAAUUGAAUGUGCAUCGCGUAAAACUGAAAUGUGCAUUAAGUGAAAUCAAAAUGUGCAACGCAAAAGGUAUGGCACGUUGGCAUUAUGUGACACUAAAAUGUGCAUUAAAUGAAAUUGAAAUGUGCAAAAUAAAAGCUAUGAUGCGGUGGAACUUUUGUGUCUUUUAUUCUGCACAUUUCAAUUUCAUCUAAUGCACAUUUGAGUUCUUUUUGUUCUGCACCUAGCAAUUUCACUUAAUGCACAUUCCAGUAUCACCCAAUGCACAGUUCAAUUUUACAUCAUACAACCCAACAGUCUAGAUUUAUCCUCAUUUCUCUCCUGGGAGUCCUUUUUCACUGGAACCGCUCCCUAUAUAUAUAUAUAUAUAUAUUCAUUCAUCAAUAGGUGAUACCAAUAUUUCAUAUAUUUAGUUGAUACUAACAUGUCAAAAUAUUUAGUGAUAAUAUUUUAUGAUACUGCAGUCUUAAAUCAUUGACACUCUACCUGUGACACUAAAUUUGUUGUCACAAUCUCUGACCUUUUGUGACGUUUACCAUGUACUAGUGUAACUUUAAUUGACAUUAAUUUUGUGUUACUAUAUGUUGUUUUAUUAGUAGUGUUAUUUAUGUGUAUCUCACCAUUAUCUAAGAUCUCAGGAUGUUUUCACUUGGAUUGAAAUUCAUGGUAUAGUUUGAUUUGAUUUGGUCUGUUUACGUUUAGUUUGUUUAAAUCCGGCCCGAUAAAUGUUUUGUGUAUGUGUAUUUUUUUUUUCUGUGGUUUGAGAAUGAAAUAAAUACAAGCGAAAACAUCAUUAUUCUGAAUUUAUUUUAUCAGUUCUAGUCUGUGUUCUAAAAGACAGGAAAAGGUGGGGCUUAGGCACGCCUUGUAGAACACCGAUUCUAGUAUGUUCUUGUUUGGUCAAGUUUAUUUAAGUUUGGUCUCGACUUGUGAGACUGGAUUUGGUAAAUGUGAAAUUAAGAACCUAUCUUGGAGCUAUUAAAAUUGAAUAUCAUAGAAUACUUUUGAAACAUGUGCCUGACUAAAAGGUGUGGUUAGUUUUUAUAAAGGUGUAAUCUUAAUAAUUAGAGAGCCUUCUAAAAGUGAAGAAGUCAUGAGUUAAAUAUAUUGUACGCUACAUGUAGCUAGUUUUAUUACCUUGUCCACUGGAAUUAUAUAUUUAUCUUGCCACAUUGGGGUAAUGGACAGGGAAUCUGGCAUUGAUGGGGAUGGCGAAUUGUGGGUUAACUCCCAACAUGAUACUGUAUCUGAUGAGGGAGUAUCGAAUGGAUAUGGCUACUGGCUCGAAUGUGCUCUAUUGGUGGAAUGCAGCUUCGAAUAUCACUCCCGUUGUUGCAGCUUUAAUGGCAGAUUCUUUUGUGGGUCGGUUUCAGAUGAUUAGCAUAGGAUGUGUUAUUAACCUUUUGGGAAUACUUCUGUUUUGGCUGACAACUAUUCUACCACAAGCAAGGCCACCUCCCUGCACUGAAGCAAACACCAUUUGCCCUUCUGCAUCAGUUCUCCAACUUCUGCUUUUAUACCUCUCCUUUAUCCUUGUAUCCAUUGGUUCGGGGGGAGUAAAAUCUUCUUCCUUGGCAUUUGGAAUUGAUCAGUUAAAGAAUAUCCAAAAGAAUGGGAGAGCAAUGGAAAGCUACUUUGGCUGUUAUUAUGCUGUUAACAUGGUAUCCGUUCUCGUUUCCAUGACUUGUUUGGUUUAUAUCCAAGAGAACAUGGGAUGGGAAAUUGGUUUUGGAAUCCUUGUUUUGCUUAUGCUAUUUGCUACAAUAUUCAUCCUCUUGGGUUCCCCAUUCUAUGUGAGGUCAAAGCCCAAAGGAAGCUUAAUCACGGGUUUAGUUCAAGUGAUUGUAGCUUUCUAUAGAAAGAGGAACCUCGUGAUACCAUCCGAUAAUGGAAAUCUUGUGGCAUACCAUCAACAAGGUACCAUGAUAUGCCCCCCAAGUGAAACACUAAGGUUUUUGAAUAAGGCAUGCAUUAUAGAAGAUCCCCAACAAGACAUAAAGUCAGAUGGGAAAGCAUCAAAUCCAUGGAGUCUUUGUACAAUAGAACAAGUAGAGGAGCUUAAAGCAUGCCUUAAGGUAAUCCCAAUAUGGGCCACUGGAGUUAUAAUGAACAUUAAUGUCAACCAAGGCACGUUCUCCACGCUUCAAGCGACAACCAUGAACCGCCACAUUGGAUCAUCAUCUACAAGCUUUCAAAUCCCCACUGGCUCGUUAGGCAUCUUCUCAUACGUCUCCAUCAUAACGUGGCUCGUGUUGGACGACAGAAUCAUUAGACGACAUCUCCAUUUCAGCCCGAAGGCGAGAAUGGGGUCGGGAAUCUUCCUCUCUUUCCUAUGCGUUGUGGCAUCCGCCUUGGUGGAGGCUUUCCGGCGGAACCUCGCAAUAAAGGAGGGAUUCUCCGACACUCCCGGGGGGAUUGUGGAUAUGUCUAUUCUCUGGAUCAUACCCCAAUCGUUUCUCGGGGGGGUUGCAGAAGGAAUAAACGCAGUUGCGCAGAACAGGUUUUACAUUUCGGAGUUCCCUCAAAGCAUGUGGAGCAUAGCUUCCAACUUUCUCGGACUAGGAAUGGCGGUGGCAAGUAUGCUUGCGAGCCUUCUGAUGAACCUCGUUAAUGAGGUUACUAAAGGUUGGGAAGGUGGGAGCUGGAUAUCGAGCAACAUAAAUAAGGGUCACUAUGACUACUACAAUUGGGUGCUUGCUGGAUUGAGUUUGGUCAAUCUUUUGCUUUUCUUCUUCUGCAGCCGUGCAUAUGGCCCCUGCCGGGAAGAGAGGAAGGUAAAGGGCAACAUUGAAGUAGAGUCUUAGUGACAAUCUUAGAGUGUUCAUAUACCACCGUAUAGCACAACUUGUCUUUUUUAUUGCUGUAUUGCAUCAUUUUGGUACCCUGAUAGAUAUAGAAUGAAACAAAUUAAUUACUCUGUACUUCGUAGUUAUCUGGUUAAAUUUCAUGGUCUCUAACUCCUCCUAGCAGUAAAUAUUGUUGUAAAUUCUGGCAAACCUCUGGGCUCAGAGCCUCAGACGAGGGGUUAUGAUAGGGUCUCAAAGUUGCUCUGGCGGAGCGCAACUGCGAGGGGAUGAGGGGUGGCCCCUGCAAAGUUUUUGUUCCCUGUUGUUCCUGUGGAGUUUAACAACC